AUGUUUCGACAAGAAUUACUUCGUCGACAUCUAGCAAGUCAUUCGGAUUUUUAUGAUUAUUCAGCUAAUGUCUGUAAUAUCACUGAUGAUGUAGUUGGCGAACCACCACGUGUUUUAGUUAAUAUUUCUGCAUUACUUUUAAAACUUCGUGAACAGAUUGUGCCAUAUCCGGAAGAAUAUUUCGAAGGACGAGGCAUCGUACUCACUGUUGGUUUUGCUCAAGCCUCAUCUGAAAAAAUUAGCUUGAAAAUGAUCGAACUAAGUGGUACACAAUUACCUGUACAGGUAAAAUGUGCAUUUUGA